AUGGAGGUGGUUGAUCUCCCUAGGUUUCUCCGGCGCCCAGGGCAUUGGCAGCUGACGGCACCGGAACCGAAACCACCAGUUGGCACCAUGGCGAGUGAAGAUGUCGGUGAUGCCCGAGCCAUCCUGGAGCUCAACUUCCAGUCUCUGGCUUCCAGGCACAUGGACCUCAAGCAGGUGGAACUGGAUACAGCAGCUGCAAAGGUGGAUGAGCUCUCCAAGCAGCUGGAGUCUCUCUGGACGGGCAGCGCUGGGCAGGCCAAUGUCCUACAGAAGGGAGACAGGCUCAACACCAGUUCCUGGCCCUCUCAAGACCCCCCUGCCUGGACGGCCCCCGUCACUACCUCCCUGCCCCAUCCGUCGCCGUGGAAGAGCGCUUCCCUGGACCCCUCAGAGAGCUACUCUCCCUCCUACUCCUUUGGCGAGAACUCUCCCAGUUUCUCCCCAGUGACGUCCUACAGCUCCUCACCCAAUCAGCUCCUCCCAGCCAAGUCCACCCUUGGUCGGCCCACGUCCCCACGGCCUUCCAUCUUCCUUCAGCCCGAGCUGGACCGAGCCUUGACUCCCCGGCCAAAGGUGCUGCCAGUCCCUUACGAGACCAUGCCCAGCCCCAUGGGCCACCCCUCCUCCCCUCGCUUUCACCGGUCAGCGGGAUCCUUGGAGCGACAGUACGAUUACAAGCCCUACUCGGGGCCGACUGGCCGAGCGGGGUCUCCGCGGAUGCCAGCAGAGGGCUCGGGGCCUCCGAUGUUUUUCCCCGACCGAGCGCCUUCUCCACGGCCGCCUCUGCCUCCUCCGUAUGAAAACCACAGCAUGUACCCCUCCAUGCCAAACACCUUCCCGCCGUUCCGGGCUCAAGAUGAUUUGGUGCUUCGGAGGAGAGCGCAGAAGGGAUGGAACGAGUCCGAUCUGGACGUGGCGUAUGAGAAAAAGCCCUCCCACCCGGCCAGCUAUGAAAGAGGAGACCCUCACGGGGGGAUCCGCCAGAGUGCCGCUGGGCUGCUGCUGGCCCCGUGGAGGGAAUCCAGUCUGGACGGUGGGGGAGCUGGGCCAGGCAAGGAGGAGCAUUAUGGGAUGCACAGCGCCACUUUGCCCCGGAACUACAAGGUUUCCCCGCUGGCCGGCGAGCGCCGCUCCGAGAGCUCCUUCCGCCGGUCGCUGCCCGCCAAUCCGACAGGCACUCUGCCUCGCAACUGGCAGUUUGCCCAGCAGCCCAUCUCUCGCAUCCCCAUGCCGCCCCCCAGCCCCCAGGGUGGCCGCCCCAAACGCCACAAGCCCCUGCCCCUCUCCAUGAUCUUCCGGCUGCAGAACGCCUUCUGGGAGUACGGCGCCUCGGGCACGAAGCUCCCCCUCGCACAGGGGCCCCCAGCGUCCUCACUGUUCCGAUCCCUGCAGAAGCAGAUGCCCCAUCAGCCCCUCACACCCCCCCAGCACCAUGGGAGGAUGGCACAGUCCGGGAGUGAAGGCAGCAGCAGAGCCGUGCCCAUGGAGGUGGCAGCGGAGCCAGUCCGCAUGGUGCCCAUCACCCUCCUCCCGGGCGAGACGGAGCCAGAACUGGAAGGCCUCCUGCCGGGCAGCGAGCCCCCGGAGGUGGACGAGGUGGCACGGCCGCUGAGCCCCACCCGGCUGCAGCCGGUUCUCCCGCCCGAAGCCCAGAAGGUGCCGGAGUUUGAGGAGGUGGCCCGUGUCCUGGCGGAGAUGCCCCGGCCUCUGAAGCGGCGCGGCUCCAUGGAGCAGUGCCCCACCCCGGCUCUGCCCCCCACCCACAAGAAGCAAUACCAGCAGAUCAUCAGCCGUCUCUUCCACCACCACCCCCGCAAGGAGGAGGCUGUACCCGUGGGCGAAGCACCCUCCCCUGCAGAGCUCAUGCCCAUCAGCGAAGCCACCGAACAGAAGGUGCCGGGGACGUCCCUGGGGCCAACACCUGUGCCUCCACCCCAGAGCCCUGCAAUUGGCACGCCUGUGGAGAUGAUGGAGAGUCCAGUGACUGUCUCCCCUGUUCACAGCCCUGAGAAGCGCUCCGCCCUGCGCAAGGUCUCCUCCCCGCGGAAGCGGCCGAGGCAGAGGGCCCGCCUCAACCCCCUGGUGCUCCUCUUGGACGCGGCCCUGACCGGAGAGUUGGACGUGGUGAAGGACGCCGUGGCGGAGCUGAAUGACCCAAGCCAGCCAAACGACGAGGGCAUCACAGCGCUCCACAAUGCCAUCUGUGGUGCCAACUACAACAUCGUGGACUUCCUCAUCAACAUCGGCGCCAACGUCAAUUCCCCCGAUAGCCACGGAUGGACUCCGCUGCACUGCGCCGCUUCCUGCAACGACACGGCCAUCUGCAUCGCUCUGGUCAAGCACGGGGCAGCCAUCUUCGCCACCACCUGCAGCGACGGCAGCAUGGCUAUCGAGAAGUGCGACCCUUACCGGGAGGGCUACAGCGAGUGCUUCAGCUACCUGGCAGAUGUGGAGCAGAACAUGGGGCUGAUGAACAAUGGGGUGGUGUAUGCCCUCUGGGACUACAGCGCCGAGUUCAGCGACGAGCUGUCGUUCCAUGAGGGGGAACCUGUCACAGUGCUGCGACGCGACGGCCAGGAGGAGAUGGACUGGUGGUGGGCCUCUCUCUACGGCCAGGAGGGCUACGUGCCCAAGAAUUACUUUGGGCUCUUCCCCAGGGUGAGGCCUCAGAACAAGAAACCGUAAAGAGUUCGGGAUGGGCUUUCUGCCGCUACCAUCUUGAAAGGAACUCAAGAGACGUGUCCGGGCAGGAAACUGGGGCGCCAGGUGGUGGCUGCUGCCACAUCACCGUCUUACCCAGGGGGCUCUCAACAGACUUGUCAGCCCUG